CUAGUCUCCACCUUGCUCCUGAAGGACAUUUCUAACGCAGGUCCUGCAAUUGUGACAGAAUCUUCUGAGACGUCUGUGGCAAUUGAACUAGUAUUAUGGCUACAGGAAUCCAAGAGUCAUCAUCAACUGUACGUGAUUUAAUCCAGCAGAGUGAAUUAAUCAGUAAAGGUUCACCAGCACGACGUUGUCUCCUCACAACCAGAAGUGAUCUUUAUGAAGACGUAUCAGUGAGAAAAUGGACAUUUGGACAGAGAGACAUCAAUAUGCGAAACAAAAUUGUACUGAUGGUAGGAGAAACUGGAACAGGCAAAACUACUCUGAUUAAUGCCAUGACUAAUUAUAUACUCGGGGUGAAGUUUACAGAUAAAGUGUGGUUUGAGAUCACAGAGGAGGGAGGAGAGAAUCAGUCAAACCAGUCAAAAAGUCAAACAAAUAAAGUCACUGUGUAUGAGGUGUUUACCCAGUACAACCCAAUCUGUCUGACCAUCAUUGACACUCCAGGUUAUGGAGACACCAGGGGAACAGAAAAUGACAAACAGGUCAUUGAGAAUCUGUACAAACUGUUUCACAAUGAUAGUGGAGUGAAAGAAAUUGAUGCAGUGUGUCUGGUAUUAAAGGCAUCUGAGAAUCGAGUCUCUGACAGACUGCAAUACAUCUUUGAUGCAGUUUUGUCUUUAUUUGGCAAAGACAUAGAGAACAAUAUUGUGAUGUUUGUCACUCACUCAGAUGGACUGCCUCCAACAAAUGCUCUUAAUGCCAUCCAGAAAGCAGGGAUUCCCUGCAGGAAAAAUGAUGAUAAUGAACCUGAGCAUUUCUUAUUUAACAAUCGUCAAAGAGAGAAGAGGAGCCUGAAGUAUGACAGAGUUUUCCAGACAGCUUGGGAACAAACAGAGGACAGUUUCAAUGAUUUCUUUACCUCACUGAAAGAACAGAACAGAAAAAGCUUAAAGAACACUGAAAGUGUUAUGAAAGAGUCCAUAAGACUUGAAGCCUGUAUUUUAAAUCUGCAAAACCGUAUUGAGUUUAUAGAGUGCAAGAGUAAAGAACUGACUCAGAUUCAGAAAGCUCUUGAGGAAAACAGAGAAAUGAUCAAGAGAAAUAAAAACUUUCCUUUUACCUGUUGGUGCUAUGUCAUGAAAAAUAAACACUGGACUGUAUGUACAGGCAACAAGAGAGAGGAAGAGCUGAUAACCACAGAGAAGAAACUGAAGGAAGAAAUUUGUGAGAAAGAAAAGGAAAAAGCUGAGCUGGUAGAAGAAGCUUAUAACACCAUCAUGACACUGUAUGAGAUCGCUUUAAAGCCGGACUCUGCUUUCAUUGUUCAGUCUCUUGACUUCUUGAUCCCUCGAGCUGAGGAAACUGGAAGAGAAGAUCUUGUUCAGAGAUUAAGAGAGAUGAGGAAGAUUCAGCCUGAAGCAGAGGAAAGAGUUAAAGCUGUAACAUGGUAUGGAAGAUCAAGUUUCAAUAGUGAAAAGUGAAAAAAUAAUUGGUAAAUUUGUGGUAAAUAAAUGAAUUCAGGAGAUUAAAUUUAGCCAUAGAACACGAUGUAAUACAGAUAUACAGAUAUUGCAUUAAUGCAUAUCUUACAUUACAUAUUAUACAGAUUUUACAUGACAUAGUAUACAGAUAUUACAUUACAUAUUAUACAGAUAUUACAUUGCAUAUUAGGAAAAAUGAAAAUGUCUACAAGUGUGCAUUUAUUGUUAAAUUAAUAAACUGCAUUGUGUUUAUUCAGUAAUGCUAAUGUUCAAGAUUUAACAUUGUACUUUGUUGAUAAGCCAUUAUGAUGGAGUUUAAAGUAUAACAGUGGAACAUAUAUACAUGUAAAUCUGUACUGUUCAUGGAUAGAUAUCCAUUUCUUUAAAAUUCAUGUAAUUCAUGUAAUCUGUUAAUCUGACUUCAUCAUUAAAUAUCUGAUAACUGCA